UCAGCGUCCCAAAAUUGGCGCCUGGCCUUUCUUUUAAAUCAAAUUUUCUUGUAACAACGUUAAACCUUUCGUAAGGUCUAAUAAAUCCUCCUCUCUCUUAAAGCCUCCAAGUUUUGCUGGGGUUCAGAAUAUAAUCAAAUUGUCGUUCUAGCAUUAACCUGCGAAUUUAUAAUUCCACUUCCAUUUUUGCAGUCCGUCCCUUGUACAUCUCUUAUCAGGCUCAAUACCUGUGCAUUGUUGUACGCGUUUGACCUGAGAUAAGGAUCGCAAGGGCUAAUUUUAGUCAAGAUCGACUAAAAUGGAGUCCGAAAAUGGAAGUGGAAUUAACAAGCACCAAACAAAGGAUGAUGGUGAUCAAAAUACCCAGGACAGAAGUUUUAACCAUUCUAAUUCUUCAGCAUCCUCAUUUUCCGCAUCAUCAUCCAUAUCUAAUCCGUUAGAGACAGAUAAUUUGAACGAUUCUGACCCCCAGACAAAAUCUGAACACUAUGAUCUUAAGUCAACACCAGGAGAUUGGAGCAUGAUGAGUUUAUCGCCACGGUCAACAUAUUCACAAACUGACUUUAGUGCCUACAAUUCAUCACCAUCAUUGCCACCGCAACCUCAAGGGGCAGGAAAACCUCCAGAAUACCCAGGGUUUGACCCCAACCGGAUUCCAUCGUCUGUUUUUGCAACUAGUAAGCCCGCGUCAGGUGUUGAAUGGAGCGUGGCUUCAAACGAUUCCUUGUUCAGUAUUCAGAUGGGCAAUAUGAGUUUUACAAGAGAUCAUUUAAAUUGGAUGAAGUCCGGAGAGCUCAAAAGCCCUGAUUCUGAGUUCACAAACAAUCCAUCCAAUCUACCUCCUAUUACUGAAAAUUCAUCUUAUAACUUUCAUAACCUUGAGGUUGUGAAUGAACAUGAAUUAGAUGAUGGCAGAAAUAGUACUUCUAGUACACAAGCAAAUGAAACCAACAAGGAAACACACACAUCUGCUGAGAGGACUCGUAUAUCUGAUCGCGCAUCUAAUGCUUCUGAUGGUCAUGGAAUGCAUCCAGCCCUCGAACCUCCUACACCUGCCAGGGUCUCCCAACAAUCAGAUAAUAGCAGAAUAAGCAACAGUUCUUUUGCAUUUCCAGUAUUGGGAGGCGAAACACCUGCAAAGAAUCCGACUCAGAACCCAGAGCCGCAGAAAAAACCAGAGGCCCCUGAAGUAGUAGCCGAAAAACCCGCUGAGACCGGAUGGUUCAGCUGCGCAGGUUUCACUUGCUCAUGUUGUGCGUGGCCUUUUCCUUUAGGUUUCUGCAAGUGAUACAACGAGAAUGUUCAAUCUACAGGCGUCGUAUGUUGUCAUAGUCUAUGUUACUCGAAUCGGCCAAAAAUGUCCAACAUGAAUAUGUGUCGGAUUGUCGGCAAUAAUCAAAAAAUUUACAUAUUUUUGACUUAAAAAUGUACAUACUCAUGUC